AUGGGGCGGCGGCGGCGCCGGGGGUGCCGGGGGUACGCGGUCGGGGCCCUGCCCGAGGCCAUCGCCGCGCUGAGUCAGACGCUGCCCGCCGGGCCCAGCCCCGAAAUCUUCCGCCGCGCCAAGUUCGACCGUCCGGAGGCGGCCCCGGCGCUCUGGCAGCUGCUCUUCCGCGUGCUCUCGCCGCCGGCGGCCGCCGGCGCCCGGGCCUCCCCUGCCCUCGGGGCCCAAGUCCGCCUGGUGAAGUCGGCGCUGUGCUCCCAGGGCUACCCCAGGCGGGUGCUGGCACAGCUCCCUGAGGACGGCUCCCAGGGCAGCCGUGAGCUUCUGCUGGCGCUGGCCUGGCUGCUGGCCCGCGGGCCCCUGCUGGAACACCUGCUGGCCCAGACUCGCGUGUGGCUGGGUGAUGAGAUACCCCUGUGCCAGUAUGAAGCCCUGGCCAAUCCUGGCCCACCUGCACCCUGCCAAGAAGCAGAUGGCCCUGUGGACAUACGCCACUUGCAGUGGCUGAUGGGAAAGCUGCGGUUCCGGUGGCGAGACCUGAUCACCAGUCAGCAGGAGCUGUGUGCCCUUCUGGGCAAGAUGCACUCCUAUACCCGUGGCUGCCACAGUGACCGCAGCCUUGGCCACCUGUCUGUUGCUGAGAUCCAGCUGCUCAGGGACCCAGAGGGCGGCCAGCAGCUGCUUCAGAGGCUGGAGAGCGAGAACACGCGCCUGGAGGCUGCCCUGCGGUGGCAACGUCAGGAGCUGGUCUUCUGGCAGUGGAUGGACACGGUCCUGGGCAGCUGCCCCCCGGGAGCCUCACCGGCCGCGGUUCUGCCCAGGGACCCUGCGUCGGGGCCUGGCGAGUUGGAGCUGGUGGCCCGGGAGCUACAGGGCCUGCAUGGGGAGUUGCAGGGGGCUGCAGAGCCCCGGCGGGCAGCCUGGGAGGCCAAGGCUGGAGGCUGGGGGCCGGAGUGGAGCACUGCGCAGCGGGCCAUACAGGAGGCUGUGGGGCGGGACCUGGCAGCUCUGCAGCGGGCCUGGGAGCAAGGUGGGGCCCCGGCGCUGCCCCACAGGCCCUGCAGGCUGGUGAAGAGGGAUGCCAGAGCCGUGGAGGGCCCAGGCCUUUGGGCUGCCGAGCUGACUGGGGCGCUGAGGAUCCGGGAGAGCCGCCUGGAGGCUGUGCUGGGCCGGCUACAGACACGGUGUCGGCAGGAGCUGGCCAGGCUGGCGGGAGCCGAGCCCGGCCUCAUCUGGAUCCUGCCGUCUGGUCGCUGAGGGCCCGAGGGUGUGUCCUGCGGAG